AUGAUUUCCGUCGGUUCAGUCUGGCGUGUGUGUCGACUUCCUCACCUGGUGGUUGCUCCGGACGAAGGUCCACUGGUUUUACAGCCAUCAACCAUGCCGUCGAUAGCUGUUGAAACAAUGAUUCCUGAGAAGCUACAAUCGUCUUCAAUACAUUCUAGUUCGGCUCCUAUUUGUAAUAUUUCCGUCGAUCCGCGACUUUAUAAAGGAAGCAUUUUUGCUGCUCGUCGCCAAGCGGCAGAGGUGGCUCGACGUGCUCAACAGGAACAGCAGAAUGAAGCAAAAUACAGAGUUGACGUGAUUCGAAGCCGUUUAGAACAAUCACUUCCUUUGCUUAACUCGUCACAUCAACAUCCUGCUCAUACACGAAGCUCUCGUAAUUCGAAAGGCAACACAAGCAACGGAAUUCCAUUAAGUACUGGAGCUCCCGUAUUUGGUCGGCGUUCAUUUCUUCCACCUGCUGUCUCCAUUGAUAAAGGAUUUCGAGCUCGUAAUCUGCCGCAGCUCAAACGAGCAGAUAACAAUCGAAUCAAGCAAGUUCGCAUCAAGGAUUCGCCGUCUUCCGUUCUUCCGACUCCGCCACCUUCGGCACGCAUACAAUACCUUAUAGUUGAUAGCUCAGUUCAAACGGAAGAUACUUCUGAAGUGGAAAUAACCAUCUUAGCUAAGCAGCUUGUCUCAACAGCAAUCUUACAAGCCAAAGAGAAUUUGUUUGCUGAACAACGGAUAGAAGAGUUCAAAAUAAAAGCCAAUGACGCUAUGUUACAACUUCAAUCAGAGCGUCAACAGAAAGCUGAAGAGGAACGUAAACUUCAGGAAAAACUUGAACAAAAGGAGAAAGAGCUUGAACAACAAGCAAUACGUGCACAACAAGCAAUUAUGAGCAAAGAAUUAGCUAUGAAAACUUGCAAAGAAGUGACAAGCUCGUCGUUGUCCAAAUUAGAGAAGUUACAACGAAAGAAUCCAAAGACUAGAUCCAUAGCCAUAGAGACACGUCUGAUGAAUAGAUCUCAACAGAAAAUGGAUUUGAUGACAAUAGAAUUGGAAAAAGACUUUUUCCCAUGGUUAUUCGCUCAGGCAGAACAGAUCUCAAAUCAGCAGAUAGCUGCUAGCCGAUUAGAAGAUGUUGUCCUGAGGAAGGAGAAAACGAAAUCAUCGAAUGUAUUUUAA